GGAAGCUCUAAUAAGAAACUAAAAAUGGCUUCCAGCUGCUUCUCUUCUCUCUGCUUUCUCACCCUACUCUUCUUCGCCUCCAUUGCUUCAGCCGCUUCUCCUCCUCGACUCCUCGACGCCCUGCUUCCCAACGGGAACUUCGAGCAGUCCCCGCCGGCGUCCAAGCUCGUCAAACGGACCAUCAUCGGCCGGCACUCCCUCCCCGGUUGGGAAAUCGACGGCCCGGUCCAGUACGUCUCCGGCGGGCCGCAGCCCGGCGGGUUCUACUUCGCCAUCCCCCGCGGCGUCCACGCCGUCCGCCUCGGAAACAGAGCCACCAUCUCGCAGACCAUGAACCUCGCCGCCGGCGCCGGCGGUGUCUACAGCCUGACGUUCGGGUCCACCAAGUCGUGCGCGCAGGACGAGGUGCUCCGCGUCACGGUGGCUCCCGCCGCCGCUGGUGGUAAGAGCGGCAGAGCUGCUUACGUGGCGGCGGAUCUGCCCCUCCAGACUCUGUACAGCACCGACGGCGCCGACACUUAUGCUCUGGCUUUCGCCGUUCCUUACGACAAAGCCGGCGACGUUGUGAGGAUUAGUUUUCAUAACCCGGGAGCUCAGGAGGAUGCUGCCUGUGGGCCUUUGCUCGACGCCGUUGCCAUCAAGCAGAUCCCGCGGCUUACAUUCACCAAAGGCAAUUUGAUAAAGAACGGCGGAUUCGAGAUCGGCCCCCACGUCUUCACCAACUACUCCACCGGCGUCCUCCUCCCGCCCAAACAACCCACCGACAGAACCUCCCCGCUCCCCGGCUGGAUCGUCGAAUCCCUCAAACCGGUCAAAUACGUCGACUCCCGCCACUUCGCCGUCCCCUCGGGCCGCGCCGCCGUCGAGCUCGUCGCCGGCAGGGAGAGCGCCAUCGCCCAGAUCAUCCGAACCGUCGCCGGAAAAUCCUACAACCUGUCGUUCACCGUCGGCGACGGCAAGAACGACUGCCACGGCUCCAUGAUGGUCCAGGCCUUCGCCUCGAACAAGACCGUCCAGGUCCCGUUCGAGUCCGUCGGCCAGGGCCGGUUCACGACGGCCAGCCUCGUUUUUCCGGCGGUUUCGAACCGGACGAGGAUUACGUUCUUUAGCAAUUAUUAUCAUACCAAGUUGAAGGAUUUUGGGCACCUCUGCGGCCCUGUUUUGGAUGAUGUUCGGGUGUUCGGUCUUCGUAGCAACAAGAAGUUGGUCUAGUGAUAUAUGACGCGAAAAUAUAUGUUCGACGCUUAAGUAUACUGCGUUUGAUAACGUGAGUAUACUUUACGUACGUGUUCAGGUUUGGAGCAAUUGAUAUACUUAUAGAGUGCGAUAAUACUUAGAUGAUUGGAUGAAUCAAUAUACUGUGUU